AUGCAGCCGCAAGAUUCGUGUUCAUCAUCGACGAUGACUCUUCGUUGUUCAGCAAAUUACGUUGUUAUUGUCAAAAGUGCUUCAUAUGGUGUUGCACAAAUAGCUGGAUCAUGUGCUUAUACACCCGGAGAUUGUGUUGCUGAUGCAAUGAGUGCAAUAGCAUGCACAACAGAUGCUGUUUUCUGUAGUAUCUUUGCAACACGAAAAAAACUACCACAAUGUAACGAUAACUUCAACGAUUAUCUUCAUGUUGAAUAUGAUUGUGUACCAUUAUCAAUGGAAGAUCCGGCAAAAGAGUAUAAUAUUUGCCAAAACAGUGCAGACCUUAUAGGUGAUUAUGGUAUUUUGAAAAGUCCUGGUUAUCCAACACAAUUUCAGACAACAACAGCCGAAUGUUUUCGUUCAAUACAAGUACCACGUAACAAAACAAUUCGUUUAUGGCUCACUGAUCUAUAUAUUGGUUCACUACUUGGAAAUUGUGUUAACGAUCAUGUCUAUGUUGUUGAUAGUAUCCAAACAUAUCGACAUUGUUCUCGUGUACGAUAUUCAUAUCCAUAUAUAUGUUCAUCAACAAUUAUUAUUCAAUAUUUUGUUAAAACACAACUCUCAAUCUAUCGUGGAAUGAGAAUGUACUAUGAUAUUAUUGAUCGACCUGCCAACGACAAUUGCCCAAAUUCUAAUGUAACAGUAACAACUGUACGACCUACACCUGACACAACAACAACUAUUAAUCAAAUUAUAACUACCAGUACACCUCCGUACGUCCUACUUGGGAUAGCAUCACCUGUUCUAAGUUUUCAACUUUGUCAAGGUCAAUCAUCUGUGAUUCAAUGUCCAAGUAAUUAUGGCAUAGUUGUUAUUACAAAUAUAUUUGGUGUUACGCAAUCUGGUCUAUGUGAAGACCAUGAUGCAGCUAAGCAUUGUGUAGCUACAACAGCUCCAACAUUAGCCUGUCGUCAAAGUUGUACAUAUUUCUAUUCAGGAAAUCGAAUUAUUCCAUCCUGUGGUAAUAAAAUUGCUACUUAUCAAUAUGUUGAGUAUCAAUGCAUACCAACAAAGACUGAACUUAUUUCACCAAAUACUUCAUGUCCAUUAGAUGGCUCCAAAGUUCCAAUACAAAUUAAUCGACGUGGUCGUUUUCAAAGUUUUAAUUAUCCAAAUCUUAAAAGAAUGAAUUGUACAUAUCGAUUAAAAACGAAUCCGGGCAAUAUUAUGAAUAUUUAUGGACUUGACGUUAGUUUAAAUGGUUUCUUAAAUGAUUGCAAACAAAAUAAUAUAACAUUUAUUGAUGAUGGUGAAUCUGAAGGCUCAGUUUUUUGUGAACAACGUUCAUAUAGUUUACUUUAUGCAAGUUGUUCAAAUGAGCUAGAUUUUCGUUAUAUUGUUGAUAAUGAAGCAGCAUUUCUUUCUUCUGGCGUUGAAUUAUAUAUUGAAAGCAGCGAACGCCCAUCUGAGCUGGCUUGUGGUAAGCCUGGUGUAACAUCGCCUCGAACAACAAUUCGAACAACACCAUUUAUAACGCCGACCGCAGGAGUUUUAGUCAACGAAUCAGCCAUGUAUGCACGUGAUGAAGUGGAAAGUGAUAUUUGUUUCGAUCGUUCAUCUAGUUACACCUGUCCACUUGGUUAUACAUUUAUGAUAAUCGGCGCUUUUUAUGGUGUUAAAAAACAAGCAUCAAAUCAAUGUGGAUUUGUUCAAGGUGAUUGUACUCAAGAAGCCUUAGCUACAAUAACACAAUGUCGAAAUGAUGCUCCUAACUGUUAUUUAGCAUACUCGACUAGACGUCGACUAGCAUAUUGUUCAGAUAAUUAUGCUGAUUAUUUACAUAUAACUAGUCAAUGUGUACCAAGUAGAUCUAUUGGAAAUAUAUCACAUGUACCGACAUAUGAUAUUUGUGACACAAAUAACCCAAUUGACAAUAUAAAUGGCAUUAUUUCAAGUACACGUUUUCCAAGUUAUACACAAACAACUAAUGAAUGUAAAAGAAGACUCAACGGUGUUCUAGAUCGAAUCCUUAAAAUUUGGAUUAAUGAAAUGGCUAUAUCAAGUGGUGGCCAACGUCAUUCAGAUGUUAUAGAUGAAGAUUCAGGUGAACCAGAUUUAGUUAUUUAUAAAAAUUAUGAUACAAAGAAUUUAGAUGAGUUAGAAGAAAUGCAUCCGUCUAUUCGUGAUACUUGCAUAAAUGAUUAUUUAAUAAUAAAUGCUCCACAUGUCGCUUAUGUCUAUUGUGGUACACGAAAAUUAGCUAUUCUUCCAAUUUGUACUACUGCUAUUGAUAUUCAGUACAAAACAUCAUCGCCACCAAAUCUUUUCUAUAAAGGUUUUAAACUUUACUUUGAAUGGGUUCCAAAACCAAUAGAUUUGAUAUGUCCCGGUAUAUCUCCUGUAACAACAACAAUCACGCCUAGUAAUGAAACAACAACGGUCUGUUCAGGACCUCUAGAACUUUCACCUGUAUAUAGAUCACAUGUUUGUCUCGGUACUUCAACAACAUUAACAUGCCCUUGUGGCUCAGAUUAUGUUCUUGCAAUCAUUGAAACAAAUUAUGCUGUAACUGGUACAGGUUUAUGUGAAAUUCCAUCACCAUCUCACUGUCGUCAAGAAGCUUCACUUGGAUUAACAUGUACACACUCAUGCUUUGUCGAAUAUGAUAUUCCAAAGCCACUGAUUCAAUGUGAAUCAAAAAAUGCUGAUUAUAUUAAUAUUGAUUACGAGUGUAUACCUACACGUUUGCCAAAUCAUGAAAAUCCAAUCGAUAUAUGUGGAUCAACAUCAACAUCAACAAGCACGAUUGCAUUAAAUAAAGUUAUGAUGGUUAGUCCACAGUAUCCUACAUUAGGUGGUACUCGUACAUGUUCGAAAAAAAUUGAAGCCCCAUCUGAUAAAAUAUGGAUGAUUUACAUAGUUGAUUUAUUUCUGGAAGGACAAAAUGAUAUUGGUGAUUGUAAUGCAGCAUCCUUAACAAUUAAUGAUGGCAGUGAUAAAGUUGUCUUGUGUGGUUUACAACAACCUGGAUUAGUUAUGGUUAGUUGUGGAAAUGUGGUUGAAUUAAAAUUUGUUUCAACUCAUCAAGCCCUUGGUUAUCGUGGUUUUAAAGUUUAUUCUCAAACUGUUGAUUUACCUAGUAAUUGGGCCUGUAAACCACCUAAUAUAACAAUAACAACAACAACGACACGAAAAACUUCGCCUCCAACUACAACUGUCUUACCACCUAGUUUGCAAAUUCCUACUUACGGUGGAACAACAACAAACAAUGGUACGCGUCAAUACUGUAAAUUUCCAUUUACAUAUCAAGGCAAUCCACAAUCCAACUGCUUAACAGUAGACCCACCAAUUCCAGCACCGGGAGAAGGUGUUCAAGAGCCUUGGUGUUCAUUAACAAGUAAUUUCGAUACUGAUCGUCAAUGGGGAUUUUGUGAUUUGAGUGUUACUGAUACAACAAUCUAUGAUAUAUGUCGUGGUCAACCACAAACACUUCGAUGCCCACCUGGCUAUGUUAUUGAUAUAAUAACAGCUGAUUACGCAGCUAAACCCGAUAGUAAUAUUGGUGCAGGUGCAUGUGUUUAUGAUAGGAAUGAUUGCUUUCAAAGUGAUGCAUCAACUGUGCAAAAUGUAUGCGCAGGCAAACCAACAUGCACGGCACUUCAUUUUGCUAAAACUUUAGUAGCAUGUCAAAAUCGACCAUCUGCUUAUUUACACAUUGAUUAUACAUGUGUACCAAAUGAUAUAUCGAGUAUAACUACAUACAAUCUAUGUGAUAAUAGUUCAUUACCACAAGGUAAUACUCGCCGUGGAUAUUUAAUUUCACAUAAUUUUCCAAAUACACCAAAUAAUAUUGAUUGUACAUUCAAUUUACAAACAUUAAAACCAUAUCAAGAUAUUUAUGUUUAUAUACUCGAUAUGGAUUUGAAUGGCCCGAAUCUAAUUGGACAGAGUUGUACAAAAGAUCGAUUUAUUGUUUCGUCUGAUAAUAAUGUUAUGGAGAUAUGUGGUAGAUCAUAUACAAAUUUUUUACUUAAUACAUGUCAUUCAUCUGUAUCAUUUCAAUUAACGCGAUCGUCAGAUGCUAGAGGACGUGGUGUGAAACUUUACUUUGAAUUUCGAGAAAGAUCACCACAAGAAAUUUGCCCUGAAAUCCCAACAACUAUUUCAACUCCACGACCUAGUCCACCAACAGGCCCAUCAACUACUACUCUAGAACCAAGUGAAUCCACUGGUCCAUCUCCACGUUAUUUAAAAACUUUAUGUUAUCCUGAUCUUUCGUCUUUAUUCGGUGCAAACAAUUUUCAAUGUCAAACAAAUUAUAUUCUCGUUAUUCUUCGAGCAUUCUACGGUAAAGGUAGUCGUUGUGAUUACAGUCCUGGCGAUUAUACAAGUGAAGCUGACAAUGUUUAUCGAUUAUGUUCAGGAAAACAAAAAUGUUCUGUUCCAUUUUUAAAUCCAGUUACUUUACCUGAAUAUAAUAACGUUAUUGCUGGCUAUCUUUUUGUUGAAUACCAAUGUUUACCAACACCAACCAUUGUUACAAAUGCUGCAGAUUUAUGUACAGGUCAAAUAAAUGAUAUCAGUGGCAAUAGUGGUAUAUUGAAAAGUCCAUCAUAUCCAUUGUAUGCACAAACACAAUGUGCCAAUGUAUCAUUAAAUUCAUUGGACGGCUCCGAUCUUGUUAUUUUUAUGUUUUUAAUUGAUAUUAGUAUCGGUUUAUCGGACCCUAAUACUGGUGAAUGUUUAAAUGAUUAUUUAGAAUUAACUUAUCAAUGUAAUAAUCAGGCAUAUACUAGACGCAUAUGUGGUACACGUUCAACUGAACUGUUAUUUAGUACAUGUUCAGCAACAGAUAAAAUCUUUGCUUCAUACAAUUUAAUAAGUCAAGAUUCUCAAGCUCAACGUGGUUUUGCAUUACUUUAUCAUCUUGUACCAAGAGCUAAUAUACCUACAACAAAAACAACAAUAGCAACAACAACAACAACCAAAUCCACAAGUACAACACCUGCUGGUAUUGGUCCUGUUAGUACUCUUGUUCAAAUAUCAAGCACAUGUAUUCAGCAGUCUUUAGUUUUAAAUUGUUAUCAACCUGGAUAUGUUCUUGUUAUACAUAAAGUACAACUUGCUACAACUACAUCAGGUAGUUGCAGUUAUUCUGCGAACGAUUGUUUUGAAGAUCGUACUAAUUUAUACAAUACCUGUGGUGGUAAACUAUCAUGUUUUAUAUUUCCACCUUUAAUAGAAAUGAAAUCAUGUAAUAAUUCUCGAUCAAAGUAUUUAUAUGCUGAAUAUCAAUGUAUUCCGACACGUCCUAAACUUAAUCUUGAUAUAUGUUCAUCAGUAGGCGCAGUUCAAAGCGUUCAAGGUGGUGCAAUAAUUUCAUCAUUAAACUAUACAUCAGAAUACAAAGACUGUAAAGUAGAAUUACAAUCAAAUCCAUUAUUAGGCAGUCAAAGACAUAAAGCAUUUAGAGUUUAUAUUCUCACAUUAAAUUUACCAAAAGUACAAACAGUACGUGACCAAGGUUUACAAUGUGGUGAUAAUGAUCCAUCGAUCGAAAUCAAUGAUAUCGAAUCAGGUUUAACACGUUUAUGUGGUAAUAGUCAUACACGUUAUUUACUUGAAACAUGUUCAAAUACAAUUGAGCUUCGAUUUAGAAAUCAAUUUCUAUCUUUAGGUACAGUAAAAUAUAAAGGCGUUGAAAUUUAUAUUGAAUCUAUUGCAAAUGAAAAUUGUCGUCCACCACCUCCACCUGUAUCUCCAACACAACCGUUUAAUAUUGCAUAUAAAUAUGCUUGUGGAUUAACAAAUGGACUUGAAAGUGUAAGAUUUGGUUGUACACCCGAUUUUGGUCUAGUGUUUUUACAAUCAUAUCAUUUCGCUACAAAACAACCUAAUCAAUGUGAUAUAACUGAUUUCACAUGUUUAUUUUCAAGUGAACAACCACAAGCACAAUGUGCGGGUCAGAAAGAUUGUACAUAUACUGCUAGUAUGCCAAUUUCACCACUAUCAUCACCAUGUCAAGCUGAUUCGACUGGAUUUUAUUUUCAAUGUUUACCAAUGAGACCAUCAACACUAUAUUCAACAGUCAGAUUCUGUGGGAAUACGGAAACUUCAAAUACUAUGGGAUUUAUUGAAACACCUGGCUAUCCAAGUACUUAUCAAAAUGGAAAAUCAGAAUGUACAUUAACUAUUCGACUACCAAAUAAUUCUGAUGACAAAAAAAUUUUUAUUUACAUAAUUGAACUAUCUUUACGUGAUAGUUCAAUAGUAAAUCCAUCGAUGGCUGUUGAAUGUGUUGAUUCAAUAAAAUAUACAGAUGGUGAUGUAACAACUUCAUUAUGUGGAAAAAUUGAUCAACCUGUAUUUGAAUAUUAUACAAACAAACGAGAGCUUAAUUUAACACUCAAGAUAGUAGACAUCAUACCACCUAGUCAAUGGAAUGAUUGGCAAGGUGCUAGACUUUUCUACAUGAUUGAUAAUCAAACUAUACCGUCUCCAUCGGUAAUACCAGGCUUCAGCACGGCAAUAACAACAACAACAAUAAAAACAACACGAACAUCUAUAGAUGUGACAGAUCCACCUUCGAAACCAAAACCAUCACGGGGCGGUCUUAUUGCUGGUAUUAUUGUUGCCAUCAUUGCUAUUGUUGUAGUAGCAUGCAUAGUUGGUUAUGUUAUGUAUCGCCGUAAAUUAUUAUCAAAAGCAAGUAAUACUCCUACAGUGGUAUAUGGUGAUACUGGUAAGGUUACAGUUAAUGGUAUGUCAUCAAAUGGUACAACUAUACAACGAGGUAGUAUUCCAGCAAGUUCAUUAAAAGGACCAGCAACAGGAUUCACCAGUCCAUUUUAUAAAAAAUCAGAAACAACUGAAAAUCAAGAAGUCGAAAAUGCAACCGAUGCUUAA